GCCAAGGGUAAGAUCGCUUCCGGGUAGCAGGCGGCGUGCUGAGCUCGCGUCACCAGCUCUUUUGACUCGGCGGCUUGGGAAUGUGGCCCCGGAUAGCGAGGCCUCUCCGGGUGCGCCCUUGGGCGGGCCUGGCCUUUCGUAGCCUGCAUGGGACCCCGACCUGGGCGCGGCCCCUCAUCCCCAUCGUUGUGGAGCAGACGGGCCGGGGAGAAAGGGCCUAUGACAUUUACUCCCGACUACUCCGAGAACGGAUCAUCUGUGUUAUGGGACCUAUUGAUGACAGUUUGGCCAGUUUAGUCAUCGCCCAGCUGCUUUUCCUUCAGUCAGAAAGUAACAAGAAACCCAUCCACAUGUACAUCAAUAGUCCUGGGGGCAUUGUGACUUCGGGCCUGGCCAUCUAUGACACUAUGCAGUACAUCUUGAAUCCCGUUAGCACGUGGUGCGUGGGCCAGGCAGCCAGCAUGGGCUCCCUGUUGCUUGCGGCUGGCUGUCCUGGCAUGCGCCACUCGCUGCCCAACUCUCGAAUCAUGAUCCACCAGCCAUCUGGAGGGGCCCGGGGUCAAGCCACAGACAUUGCCAUUCAGGCUGAGGAGAUCAUGAAGCUGAAGAAACAGCUCUAUGGAAUCUAUGCUAAACACACCAAGCAGCCUCUGGAUGUCAUUGAGGCUGCCAUGGAAAGGGACCGAUACAUGAGUCCUAUGGAAGCCCAGGAGUUUGGCAUCUUGGACAAAGUGUUGGUGCACCCCCCACAUGAUGGAGAGGAUGAACCAGAGCUGGUACAGAAGGAGUCUGCAGUAGUCCCUGCUCCAGCUGGGCCCUGAGCACAAAUGAGCCCAUUCCUUCCUGGGGACACUGAGGAGCAACACCCCCUUAACCCCCAAAAGACGAUGCCCCUUGUCUCCACUGGUUCUCCCCUGACCUUUGCACUGUGCUGCUCUGUCCCAGGACUCCUGGUUGUAGUUUUAGAUUUCAGGGGCUUCUGGGGUCCUGUCUGGGAGCAGUGUCUGAGCUGGCCUACUGCCCCAGAACUGACUCUCCAGGGAGCGUGGAUUUUAAAUUAAAACUUUGGUCACUUUUUGGUC